AUGGAUAUAGGAAAGCUAUUCAGAAAUGUUCAGAGUUUGAACGAAUACAUAUCAACAACUCAAGAUGCUACAGAGAAAUGCAAAACUUCAAAAAUUCUACUGAAUAUGUCGACCGUUCUUGCGCUGAAGAAAAUACGUUCUCUUGAAAUCGAGUAUUUUAACAAAUGUGAGGAAAAUGGAAUCGCGUGCACGAUAUUUGACCGUAUGUUAUGUUUACCGCCUUCAAAAACAUGGAACGUGCUCAGCAAGGAGUUGGUGAACCUACUGCAAUACUGGCUGGAUGCUACAAGAAAACAUUUGGUCAGGCACAACUUGCAAUGGUGGACUUUUUUGAAACUUUUGCUCAGAUUUGUAAAGGAAAUCCGUCAGAAAGAUGCGUCUCUACCUAACAUACUAGUGGAGCAUACUGCGGAGUGUCUCUUGGAUCUGGCUACUAACAGCUGUCCUGAUGCUUACCAGAGAUAUGAAAUACUCCACUGUUUCAAUAUGUACUGCUCUGAAUCUAGUAGAGAAGUCAGAUUUGCUUUUAGGAACAAGCUUGGACCUUAUUUUACAAAAUUAUCUUCAUACAUGAGCAACUGUGGUCACCUGCCUACACAAUACAGUAUUAUGGAGACGCUUCUAAGAUGGUUGCUUCCACGACAUGACGCAACCCUGAGGCUUGCAUCAGCUAACAAGUGGUUCCAUCCCUCUAUGUACCAGAAAUCUGAUGUUGAUAUAUUCUUGGAAAGAUCCUGGGUUAAUUUCUUUCAGGACGCAAGAGAUUUCCUAAACGCGCACAAUCAAAGAAAUGAUUUGAUAACGUCAGUUGUGUGCCGGAAACUCACUGUCGGCAAAGUUGUCGUCAUUUCGGGUACGGAACGCCAAGACUCCUGGUUAGACAUGAACUGCGUGACCCGUAGCGUGUCGGUGCUACUCGACCCUCGCGCCCUGGAACCCUUCGGCUCCAGCAACCACAAGGCCUUCGAGACGCUGGUCAUCACACACUAUGAUACUUGCACUGUUAAGCUUUUUAGGGAAUCAGAAAAGCUCCUCGUAUCACUCCAUACUACCACGCCCCCUCAACUGAUGCCGUCACGUCGGAGCCUCGGCGCUGACGUGAGCUGUAACGUCACCGCUGUCGUCACCUCGCGCUGUCACCUCGCCAGGAUCGAUGCCGCGCUCAGAAGGAUCUUUGACGAUAAGUAUGAGGAUCAGAGGUUUUCUCAUCCCGUUGAAGUGAAGAAACGUAAACAUUGUGGGUACAUGGUAAGGUCUCGUCAGCCGGUCGCUUGCCCGUCACCUUCUUCAGCUUCGACCAGCUCAUUGGCACAGCUUCACGAAAAAUUAGCAGCAUUACCUAGAUUCAAAUACGAUAAAGAACCAAUAAGCGUUUGCGCGCUGCCCGAACUGUCUAUGGUCACAGAGGUCAGUGAGACAGAGGAUCUUAACUCUACACUAAAAUACAAACCUUAUGGCGUGUGCUACUACAAGAACUAUAAUAAACUAGAGGUCAGGAAAUCCCAAAGUGACCCAGAAACUUCCAGAAAAACUUUCAAGGGUCGUGUACUUUCUCCUGUUGUCAAUGAAGAUGCUCCCAGUUGUUUGCUAGUAGCUACUAUAGGUUCUGCUGAUGAUUCCGUUAUAAAUGACACUGUAGAUCGGAUGUCUAAGAGUAAGGAUUAUAACGCUGACAACAUAGUCGAUUUGUUAGUCCAAGAGGCGCUUCAGACUAAAGACGAUAAAUACAAAUCCGAUUCCGGAAUAAAUUCGGCAGAUAAAAAAUCUCUGGAACAAAACGAUAAUAGUGAAACUAUUGAUAAUACUCCUGAUGUAGAUAAAGUUAAAGUAAGCAAAAUUUCCAAAAAAACUAAAGUUGUCUCGUCUACUUCUGAUGAGUCAAAUACAGAAGUAAUUAGCGAGACUCCUUGUUUUGUUAAUACGAGGAAGAAGAAUAAAAUAGAAUCAAAACAUACCGCUCCGAGAAAUUCAUUUGAUGAGUUGGUCGUUGAACAAUUUUUCUCACAACAUUUCACUGAAAACGACGUCGGUGAAAUUGUCGUAAGUCCUACUUUAGCUAAGAAAAUCAAUGAAAGCAGUUCAGAAAGCGGCGAUAAUUUUUGUGAAAACUUCAAAUUAAUUGGUGAAGAGGAAGAAGAAGUAGCUUUACCCUACAAUUUCAAUAACGAAGAAGUUUUGGAAUGUCUUAACUGUAUGAUCGAUAAAGUAUGCGAUGAUUUCGAUAAAUGUACAAAAUAUUUAAGUAAAGAUGAUGAAAUUGCUUUAGAUCCUCACGAUACCACUGAUGAAAAUAUACCAUUGAAAGAAAUUUUGAAUACAAUCCAAGUUAUAGAGGCGAAAAAGGUAAAAAAAGAGAGUACGAAAAAGUCAGAUGUAAAGAAAAAAAUAACGUUAAAAUACAAGAUUACUCCGAAAAAAACUUCUAAGAAAACUCGUGCAUCUAAAAGAAAUAACAAACUGGAAUUGGAGUCUACGUCAAAAAUGUCUACUAUAAUUGAGGAUAACUUGGAGAGCGCUCCUGAGAAUACUGAAAAUAAAGUAGAGCCAGAAAUGAAGGAGCGGGAGGAAAGUGUAGUAACUGCUAAGAAAGAUUCGCCUGCAAAUGAAGCAUUAGAAACUGAAACUCCCAUCCUUCGUAGAAAACGUAAACUUUACUCGCCUAAAGAUGAACAAACAGCAUCAGAUUCUCCAUCGGCCCCGGAUGAUAACACAAAGUCUGAACUUAUUAAAAAGACUCCUAAAUCCACAGCAACAUGCUAUAAAGAAAUAGAAAAAUAUCGUCAGAAAAAUAUCCGAAAGCCAAGAAAUAGAAAAUCUAAAAUACCCGAACCACCAUCUCCUAGAACUAAGCAAAUGAACGAUAUGUUCGACAAGAUAAAGGAAUCUGCUGAUACCGAGAAAGUAAGGCUGGCUGAUAAAACUUUCGAAAUCGAUGUGUACAACUUUACGAGUGAUAGCGAAGAUGAAUUCAAAGUAAAAAAGAUAAAUGUCUCGAAACGAAAUAGCACAACAACUAUUGCAAGCGUUGAGUCCACAGUAUCUAAGCGCGGGAGAGCCGUCAAACGUAUAAACUACACUGAUACUAAAUCUUCAGAUGAAAGUAACACGGUGAAACGUAAAGUUAAUAGAAAACCUAGAACUAAGAAGAAGAUUAAUAUCGAAAAGAUUGAUUUGGUUGAUGAACGCAUGAGGAAAGCAGAAGAUGUACUCAAUACAUCCAUGGUAAUAGAGAAAACUAAGAAUACAGUAAACGAACCGGAAUUGGUACUUGUAACAGAACCUGAAAUGGAAGUCAUUGAUGAGAAAUUGGACAAUGCUCAAAAAAAGAAAGGAAAGAAACCUAAAAUAGAAACAUCUCAGUCAAAACGACCAAAGAGGGUUCUAAACAAAGCUAUCAUUGAAAAAGUCAAGAAUUUUGAUGAGGAUAGAACUGAAAGUCCUCUACCAGGACUUCUUGUUGAAUCAGUUCCGUCGAACAAAGAUGAUACCAAUGAUAUAUCGGCGACCAUGGUGGAUAAAUUCAAGAAGUUCUACCGAGAUGGCCCAGAAAAUUAUAUUAACGAGUCAAACACUACACAGAAUUUACUAUCAGACGUUGAAAGGAUUAAUUAUAGCUUACCAAACGUUGAUUUAACAGACGAACUACAACACAUAGAGGAACAGCUGCAAAGCAAAGAUACCGAAGUAAAGCCUAGAGUUAAAACGACAAAAAAGAAAACAUCUAAUAGCAUUAUACUUGAAAAUACGAAAAAAAGUAAACCCACACCAAAAAAGACUAAAGUAAACGAAGAAACGAUAAACAUAUCUGAAAUAACUGACCCAAAAUCGGAUAAUACUAUUGCAACGAUAGGAAUUACUGGUCACGGAGAGUUGGAGGAAGCUCCGCCUAGCACGACGUUGAUAAACGAGCGACUGGAACCGCGGAACUUAGAGGUAGAAGAUCUGGAUCAUUCCAUGAGAAAUUAUUACGAAGAACUGACUAAAGUAAUCAAUGUUUCUCAUAAUCGUGAUUCCAGUGGGUCCAAUGAAGAGCGCUUGUGUAAAAACGUCACUAAAGCCCGGAGUAUCGAUAGUAUUAAGUCCAUGUCCCCUGCCGUGUCUCUAAAGAGGUUGUCCCCUGAUGAUAUAAGCAAGUGGCUUCCCUCGCGACGCAAUUCUGAAUCAGAUGAGUCCUACGUUAGUGCAAAGUCUAUGAAACACAACAGUGAAGAACAUGCGGCUAAAAUAUUGGAAAGUAUGAAACUAAAAACAGGUUGCGAUGAUAAUAAUUCGGAUACUUCUGAAGUGAAUGUGCCAAAAAGACAAUCUUUGAGGCUAAUCUUCCAAAACCAGCAAGCAGAUAAAAUUGUAAACAGUGGACAAACUAAAUCUAAACAUGAUUCUGAUUCGGAUAGCGAGAAUGAGUCUUUGAAACCCGAUACUAAGAAGCUAAAAAUUUCAACGAAAGUAGAGACUAAGAAAACACCUAAAUCAGUUAACAAAAAUGAUAAAAAAGCUAAGCCAAUGCAUGCUUCCCUUAUAUCGCCAAUCAAGCUAUUCGAAGAUAUGAUAUCUAUCGCUGACAAGCGCUCAGAAACCACACUGUCGGACGAUGAAGAGUAUAUGAAAGAAAUAAUACACACGUUAAACAAAAAGGAAGCUGAAACUGAACCGAAGGCCAAAAUACUUGAAAAAAGUGCAGAAAAAGAUGUAAUUGAACAGAAAAACUCGACAAGAUCAAUAGAGUCGCUUUCAACUAAUUCAAAAAUGAGUACGUCGACGAAGAUAGAAGAUUCUCGAUCGCUUCUGAAGAGGACAUUGGAAGGAGAGAGAGAAGAUUAUAAAAAGAGGAAGGUGGAGCUGAAUAACAAUGAAGAAGCGUGUUCAAGCGGACUAACUGUCUCUAGUGUAGAAGACUGGUUCAAGAGAAUGGAACCGGAAACUAGCAGCGCUGAAGUAGUAAACGCUUCGAUGAGGCACAGCGUACAGGGUGUCCUAGAGAAGUUAGAUACCACGCUCGUCGAGAUAAACAGGAAUACCAGUAAAAAAUUCGUGCAUCUAUUCGUGGACGCUCAGAAGCACCUGUGCGAGCUGAAAGAACGACGCCGCGGCAUGUACCGGCAGCUCGCAGCAGAUAUACUCGCGCAAGUCGUCAACAUCAUGGACGACAAGUUUGCUGAACUAGAUAAAAGAUCACAAGAAAACGACAAUGAAUUCAUGAAGAAACUCAAAGAGCGUGCUUCUGAGCUGAUCCGAGAAGAUUGCAAGCAGAAGCGAGCCAUGGUACGCUUGCUCAAGGAAGAUGUACAAGCCGUUCUAGACCACUUCGAUAAGCAGGGUACCUCGUGAUAUGUCACCAAUGUUCCUAAUUCACUGCAGGGUAGUGUAACUAAUGAACCUUUGGAUAAAACAUCGAAACAUUAUAGAUACCAUGUUCUGUCGCAAAUUGCUCAAUAUUUACUCAGUAUCAGACUUAACCAAAGCUAUAAUUAUUUUAAAAUGGUCUAGAUUUCAUUAUAAGAUUAAUUUCUCGGUAACACCCUUUCAUCAACACUGUUGACGAUCAGGAAAAAAAAAGUUUCGUUUGUUCGCAGUGUCCA